UCGUAUGUGACGAGUCAGAGGCAUCGGAACCUCGACGAUUAUUCGUACGUGCAAAGAAUUAUUUAUUCUUCAAUAUUUUUUUGACUUACUGGCUUGCAAAAUGACUUUGCACGGAACCACUGUGCUGCUCGGUAUCAGCCUCCUGCUAGGAGUUACAAACAGCUUGAAAUUGGCCGAGCCAUGCAUUCCGGAUAAGUGUAAACUUCCUUCAUGCAAGUGCAGCACUACGGAGAGCGAAAGUUCAAUACCAACGGCGAAAAUUCCCCAGAUCAUCAUGUCUUCUUUCGACGAUGGAGUCAACCCCAUCACUUAUGGUAAAUUCAACGAAUCGCUUUUCGGUCGGAAAAAUCCUGACGGAUGUCCAAUAGGAGUGACGCAUUUUCUGUCCCACGAAUACACCGAUUAUUCAAAAGUUCUCGAUCUCUGGUUGAGAGGCCACGAGAUUGCAUUACAUUCGGUGACCCACAACGCCAAUAUCCCGAAUUACUGGCGCGAUAUGAAUCUAACGGUGUUCAAAAAGGAGUUCGGUGAUAUGAGAACCAUGGCCAACAACUUCGGUCUCAUUCCCAUGAGCGAAAUGCGAGGCGUCAGAAUCCCGUUUCUGCAGCCAUCCGGAGACGUAAGCUUUCAAGGACUCGAAGAACUCGGCCUCUCGUACGACAGCACACUACCAACACGUGCUUACGUUGAUCCACCGAUGUGGCCUUACACAUUGGAGUACGCCACUCAUCAAGACUGUCAGAUAGAGCCCUGCCCAACAGCGAGCUUUCCAGGGGUCUGGGAAGUGCCGAUGGUCAUGUGGUUCGAUCAGCAAGGCGUCGGUUGCAGCAUGGUCGACUCGUGUGUCAAUAUACCAACGGACGCUCCCUCUAUAACAAACUGGAUAAUCGAGCAGUUCAAUCGUCAUUAUAAAACCAAUCGUGCACCAUUCCCUAUCUUCAUGCAUGCAGCUUGGUUUCUUCGGAAUCCUGAAAACUUCAAAGCUUACGUCAACUUUGUCGAAUACGCACAAUCUUUGCCGGACGUUUAUUUCGUGACGGUGAACAAGACGAUAGAGUGGAUAAAAAACCCAAAGUCACUGGACAAUAAAAAACCGUUUGGCGAAUGCACAGUAAACAAAGCGCCGGGAACAUGCAAGCCACUCGGUUGCUCUUUACCGACGAGUACUGGCGACGUUAGAUGGUUCGUCUCAUGUGCCAAAGUUUGCCCCAGAAAUUAUCCAUGGCUUGGUAAUCCGCUGGGCGAAUGAUGAUCACGCUAUAAACCAACGGAAAUAGAUCAAAAACACCGAAACUGUAUACGAACAGAGAACACAUUUUACAUUGAAACAUCUGUGUAAAUAAAUUUAUUUAAAAUGAAUCAAAAUAUUAAGAUGAAAUAAAAAAAAUAAUAAUUUGUGCGAAA